AUGAACUAGCUCAGUUUCCAGAAACUUUAUACUUACUAUAUAUUUCUAGGUUGUUUUAAAUCCGGAUGGCUGAAGCCCGGCGUAUAGAGGAGGGAGAGGGGGAACGGAGAGAUCAGCGGGACGUCCGGAGCAGGAGCCAGACAACAGAUCGUCCCGAAAGAACAAAGGCAGAUCAUUUACAUUUAAGCCCAGGACCUCUGUCCUCUAUAAGAGCUGCUAUCAAAAGAACAAGAUCAAACUCUCAGAGUGACCUCACCAGAGAAAGAAGGCGACCAGAGAUCACAAUCGUCUCAGCGGAGCCUUUAGCUUGUAGCAGUUGGUUUUCAGGAGCGUCUGUGGGUUUCCCUCCUCCUCUUCCUCCUCCUCCUCCUCCUCAGUCAGGCUGGUCUACAGGAAUCCAGCCUGUUUCCCAGCCUCCACCAUCCUAUGACCAGGUCAUUGAAGAGAAAACCAAGGAAGAGCACGUUGUCAAGCCUACUGCGGCCCCCCGCAGGAUCACCUGCACCACCACAAGCGCCACACAGACCGACCCUGUGAGGGAGGUCGCCUCAAACUCCAGGGGUGCUCCCAGGACAGAAGGGAAAAGACCUGCUGGUAAAAAUCCAAAAAAACCUCCAAGGCCGUCACUGCCGAAACCUUUAGAUAAGGAACCAGAUACUGAGUCUGAUUUGAAAGUUGGAACAAAUACUGAGGCACCUACAAGCACUGAGGGCCAAAGUGACUUCAAUACAGAUUUAAAGCAAACAGAUUCCACACAAACACACACCAGAUCUGUCAUUGUACACUGGGAUAACCCAAAAGAACAUCCCUCUGCCCCUUCUGCUGAAACUACUCCCUCUUCUUCAGACUUGGGACACAGUCAACGCCCUGUUCCACUUCCUCGUACAAAAAAAGUGAACAUUCUUGAUACAGAUGAGGUCAAAGUUCAGACUUUAGUCAAGCUCAGUGAAAGUUGUGGGGAAACUCAAUCCGAAGAAGAAGAAGACUUCUCCUCAAAUAAGUAUUUACAGGAGUUAUUGGAGGUUUUUAGUGCCGAUAACGAGAGUGAGGAGAUCUGUGGCAUUGCUAAUCAAUCAGACGGGGCGUCACAAGGUGAAAAUGCUGAAGGCGAUAUGAGCACCAACAGUCAACGCAACAUCCGUGCCAGGAUCCAGGCCUUUGAAAGCCAGGUUACUGUUGAGGAGGGAAAUGCUGAACCAGCCAAACCAGAACCUAUGCCCAGAAAAGCAGUCGUCAAACCUCCUGUUCUUGCUAAACCUUCUGUGGCUUUAAGACCUCAGUUUAACCUGAGUACUGAAGAAGACAAUCAAAAUGUCUCGACCGCAAACAUCCCCCAGAGCCCAACACCAGCCCCCAGACCUCAGCCCCCAAAGAAACCUGUGGGACACUCUAUUAAAGACGAACUAGAGACUCUACACAACAAGGCGGCCAUCCCAAAGAGAUCACGUCCGUCUGUACUGACCAGGUCUGAAUGCAUCUAUGAGGACGAACCCAUACCAGUUCUACCUCCGACACCGCCUGUCAAGCCUGUAAAAGAGCCUCUGAAGCCCAAUCUCAAUAUAAACAAUCACAACUCCUCCUCUAUGACCAGAGAGAAUAUGUACGUGGAGAAUCCAACAAAUAAUAACGCAGUCAAGCCUCAGCUCAGUGCAGACAGCAAUGGAGGCUCUUUCACUCGACAAAGCUUAACAAGAAGACCAACCACCAUCAGGGUCCCCAGCAAAGCGGAUUCAUUUUCAGAACAAUUUCAGGACAACCCCCCUCCUCUCCCUGCUCAGAAACCUGUAGGCUACCUAAACAGCUCAGUGAACCACAACCAAAGCCGGGUACCGGUCCUCCCCAUCCAGCAUUCGUUUCAAUCCGGACCAGAGCCCUCCCUUCCACCACGGAGGCCAAGCACGAACAAACACCCCCCACCUCGCCCACCUCCAGCCAAAAUAGGCCCAGGAAGGCCCCCCCCACCCAGCCUUCAGGGGGCAGGUCGAUCCCACUCAGUAUCAUGGAACUUUUCGCCAAAACCCCAUGAUCAUCAGCCCCACAGGAAAGGGCCUAUCUUACCUCCAAGGCCCAACCCAGGCCACCGUCUCUACAACAACUACACACUACUACUUCCCCAUGGGAUUGCUUCCUUUGACUACAAUGGGAGUAAUACAGGAGAACUCUCGUUUCAGAAAAAUGAAGUGCUUCUGCUGCUAGAAGAAAUAGAUCACAAUACAUUUGAGUGCCAAGUUGGAGAUGCUAAAGGCAGAGUCAACAAGGCUCGUAUGAAGGUUAUAACUCCACUGUCCUCCGUCUCACACAUGCCCCCACCACAGAGUACAGGUUCAGGUGGAUCUGGCCUGAAGGUGCAGGCUGUACAUGACUUCAAUCCAGCUGGUCCAGGAGAACUGGGUCUGAGAGCAGGUGAUGUUGUGACCAUGGUGGAGCAGGUAGACAAUCAGUGGUACAAUGGCACCUGCAGAGGAUCUACUGGUUUCUUUCCCAUUAAUCAUGUCAAAGUCUUGUCAAAUUCACCAAAGCCUCCAAGGCCACAACCUGCAGCAGUCAGUGGCCCGAGGUGCGUGGCCAGAUUCGACUUUGACAGCGAGCAAAGUGAUGAGCUGUCCUUCUCUGAAGGGGAUAUGAUCCAGCUGAGUGAGUACUUUGGAGACGAUUGGGCUCGGGGAAAGCUCGGCGCAUCAAGCGGAAUCUUCCCUCUAAACUUUGUGGAGAUCAUUGAAGAUCUGCCUUCACUGCCAAGUCAGCAGUACAAAAAGCCCACACGGAUACCUCUGCCAGGCAUGGUAGCUUCCCCGAAUACACACCCUGAAGUUGCCAAACCUGCUCAGGCAUCUCCGUCCAGUGUGGAGUGGGUGGUGGCUUUGUAUGACUUUGCCGGGAAUUCAGAAGAUGACCUCUCCUUUCAAACAGGCAACCGUAUCCUGAUCACUCAGCAUGUGGACGCUGAGUGGAGCUGUGGCCGGCUCAACGGCAGAGAGGGCAUUUUCCCCAGAGCUUUUGUUGAGAGCAGCACAGGCCCGCAGUCAGCCGAUAACCAGCAGAGUGCUACUGAUGGCAGCAGAGCCCGGGCUCUGUUUAACUUCACAUCAGACUGUGAGGAGGAGCUCUCUCUGCAGGCUGGGGACAUUGUAACCAAUCUGGAGUCUGUUGAUGAAGAAUGGUUCAUGGGUGAACUGAGAGGGAAAAGGGCUCUGGUCCCCAAGAACUAUGUGAAAGUACUGUGAGAGGACCAUGUUGCUUUCUCUACAUCAAAGGAAAGAAGACACUGUUUCCUGGAAUGGUCAGAACUGAAAUAGAAAAACCAAGCAUAGACUUUUUAUUAGCUGUGGAACUGAACUCACACUGGAAUGCAGUAUUGCAGCUCCAAGCAGUAUGACAUUGUAAUUUCACCUGCUGCCAUAACUUAUUAUGGAAUUAUUGUAUAACUGAACAUGGUUAUAGAUCAAUGAGUAAUGCUGGCUGGAAAAUAAAUAUACUUGAUUUUGAA